AUGGCUGACAUCCCAGAAGGAGAUUACGAGAAGGGAAAGAAGGUCUUCAAGCAAAGAUGUCUUCAAUGUCACGUCGUUGACUCCAAAGCUACCAAGACUGGACCUACCUUGAACGGUAUCAUCGGAAGGACGUCCGGUACCGUGCCCGGCUUCGAUUACUCCGCUGCCAACAAAAACAAGGUAUAGUUUGAGCUUUUGUUAGUUAUAUUAGGAUUUAGGGAAAGUCUUUAAGUUUUUGGAUGUGUUUUAGCUAUGCGUCAGCUAUUUUUAAUAAUUAAUUUCCAGGGUGUCGUCUGGUCACGCGAAACGUUGUUCGAGUACUUGCUCAACCCCAAGAAGUACAUUCCCGGAACCAAGAUGGUGUUCGCCGGUUUGAAGAAGGCUGAUGAACGUGCUGAUCUGAUCAAAUACAUUGAAGUCGAAUCAGCCAAAUCCGUUUAA